CUUCUGCUUCUGCUCAUCUCUGAUCGAGAGUCCGAGUUCCGACUUUUUUAAGUUUUUUCCUUAACGUUUCAGGCUCCGUAGUCCGUACUUUUAGCAAUUUAAUUUAUUCGACCCCAUUUGUAAAUUUUCCAUUUAAAAAAUACUUCUAUCGCUGUUGCUGGAAUAGUUUAGCAAAAUCGAUCGUCCUAGAAAAAUGUAGGAACUAGGAAGUAACUGGCUGCACCGUGGGCUAGUUUAUUUUAAUAUCUUCAUUGAUUCUUAAAUACGUUAAAAAAAAUAUGUUAUACUUUUCAAAAUAAAUAAUAUGGAAAAAAUAACACACUUACCAUCUUAUGGUGCUGACGUAGUUACGUCUUACGUCUUGUUUAAAAAUAAUUUCAUCCAGUAUUUCGUUUUCGUGUUUGUCUGCCAAUUUAGGCGUAGUAGCGCAACAACAUCCAAACAACCCGUGUUCAUGAGGAAUACGUUAGCCUUGUCCAUGGACUUGUUAGAUGUUGAUAACAUAUUGUAAAUCAAAAGGCUUGUGGGUAAUUACAUAAUUGACUAAACAGUUCAGUCUAUUCAGCUUUAGGUAUAACCUACAGAGUGGUCGUAAAACGUUUUAAGUGUCAUGCCAAUUUUGCAUCUAGUUUAGAAAAACUAAGAACAGAAGUGAUGUUGUUACUGUUCUCUUAAAAAGACCGUAGUAUGAAUUAACUUUCAUAUCAUUUACGGAAACGUGGAAUCCUCAAAGAGCCCAACGGUGCAGGUUGCAAUAUUUUUAACAAGUAGAAUCAAUUCCCUUGUUUCCUUCAAUACCAUAAUAGCAAGCAACCCUUCUGAAUGUGCUCAUGCAAACACAUAAGGCUGCAUAAGGAUUCAAUUUGAAUACUGCAAAUUCAUGUUUAUCUAUGUCAUACAGUGCAAUUUUUAAAAUAUUCCUCCAUCUAUUAUUCUGUUAAAUUUUGAGUUGCUGUUGAAAGUGUCUUGUAGGAAUUCAGACAACAUGGACUUUUCCCAUUUAAUUCGAGGAACCCGCGAAUUCUUCCAAGGGCAUCCAGGAAAACCCAAAGAUAAUGGUGUUGGUAUUGCACCACCAUUCAUUAAUUUUCCUGAAGCUAAAAAUGGUGUAAAAAUGAAUCAUGAGACAUCAUACAAUCUACAGUCUCAUUCUCAAGUGAUCAAAUCAAACUGUCCUACUCAGCCAAGCAUCCAUGGAACAGUGUCCCAAUAUUAUCCUGCACCUUACUCCAAAAACUUUACCAGCAAGCAACAGAGCCAGUCUUCACAGCAAGUUGACGAAUUUCAUGCGCCGAAUAUGGAAGUUAAGCAUCAUACUUGGAUUCAGUCCACUGCCGUGUACCCUGCUCAUACACCCAGAAUACCGUAUGCAGAACAAAAAGUGUGGCAACAAACCAUCUAUUCAGAAGAUGGUGAUGUUUCGUCAAAUACUCGAUUAAAUUAUAAUCCGCCCAUCCCGGCUGUUUUUGCCACAAACCCUCGUGUGGUUACACCAGCGUCAUGUCAAGGUCACCAGCAGCAAGUUUCAGUGAAAAAUAAUGAAUGCAUGGUUCCCGCUGUUAAUAAUUUGCAUCGGGAGUUGCCGGAAUCAGGUGAUUGUUCCUCAUAUUCAUCAAAUUUCGUUAGACCGGCAUUUGUUCAAGAUUUUAGAUCCAAUAAUAUUCACCAAUCUCAACGUACAGUGGCUUCGCGAGACAAUGUAAACUUGAUGAGUUUUCGAGAAAGUGGUUGUCAGCCAACAUUCGGAAAAUUUUACAACCAACCCUUGCAUUUAGCAUCGGAUCGACGUAAUCAGGCAGAACAUACGCCGGCGUCUGUUUCCUGUGAUUGCCUGUUUAAUCGACCGUGUCCCCUGCACCGAUAUUCGAAGCAGCAGGACAUACCAACUCUCGAGCGACAGAGCUCAGAAUGGGGUUCAAAGAUCCAGAACAUUUCGAUCGAGAAUAAGUUGACAAGACAAAAAUACGAGUAUACUUCAUUAGGGAUUCCUGAUGAACGACCGAAGGUUCUUCAAAAUCCUGAAAUGAUGAAACAUCCCCCGAAACAGACCCCCCUUCAACAGAACUACCAAAUUCAAGAGCUUCCCAAAACAACUUCAAGUAAUAUUGCCUUCGCAUCAUUCCGUGCAAAUGUGGAAGCUGAUGUACCUUCCCGCCUUUCAACUGACUUUCGUCCACACCGGCAAGCCUAUUUAAACGAGCUGUCAGGGAUGAGAACUGGGAAUAACUUAGACAGUGAAGUAGGUGGGGUUAGUGUCAUUCAACAGCCAAAAAAUUGUACAGCAGUUUCGUCAGUGGAGGCAACCAAGAAAAACGAAGAGCGCAUGAGUGUUAUUAAUUAUCCAAAACAGCGUUACCUGAGUAACAGCAGCAUUACAUUGCCUAAUGUUUUAUUUUCAAAGAAUGGCAAAAAUAAUUCAAUAUCCGAAGAUGUUUUGGUUUCUUGGCCGAAAAAAGAACUGGCUACUCACGAAUGCAAAAGCUUGCAAUCUGGUGCCUCUGGCGUUUCUCAAAUGCAGCAAAACCAAGUCUGUAUAGCUGUUGACUAUUCUAACAAUAGGUCGCCAGAUAGGCAACCUGACCGAAUAACGAAUCCACCGAAUUUAAAGAUGCCGUCUCUCGGAAAGUCAGUGAUCCAUAUCUCAUCAACCGAUAAAUUUUUGAUUGAUGCAACGCCAAUAAAAUCAGAUCCUAUAGUUUCCGACGAGAAGUGGGAGGAGUGGAAAAGCUCUUUUGAUACGGAAUGGAAUGCCUUCGUUCAAGACUUGGCCGCUUCUGGGAACAUCAAAAGAAUACACAGGGUGACUCAACCAAUCCCAAGAAAGAUAAAACGAAGAGAAAAGGCUGAACCAAAACCUAUCAAAAGGAGUUUAGAUACGAAAUUGCUGACCAUCACAGAUUUUUCUUCUGACGAGGACAUUCCGCUCAGCUUGCGACGGAAAACUAAGGAAGACAAGUGUAAUAAAAUAUUCUGACUUAAUGAAUUUGGUUACCAGAACAUAUCCCCGCUAGCCAGUUGGUUGCCGCUAGUUCUUGAUGCAGCAAUACGACAUAGAGUUAUAAGUUAAGCUCUGCGCUACCUCGAAAUGCCAACAGUUAGUUAGAAAAUAGCUGAUAACAUCCUGCCUAACAGAUCAUUCAAAAGUCAAUUCAGAGCGAUUCGUGCAUUGAUCGCCUUGAAGCUCACUAAUUGAUUUCAAGCUUAAAUCGUCUUUGCACUUGCCGAAUGUCUUCAGUCUUUACUAGUUCUGAGUUUGUUUUUCAAUCGUUGAACUAUAUCGAUCAUGACUAAUUAAUAUAAGACUGACAUUUUUACCAGCCAUGUUUGUGACAUUCCUUCGAAAUUAAUCCCCUUUGAUCUCUUGUUAUUUCGUAGAAAAACAUUUCGACUAGACUACGUCAUUUCAGCUAACGAACAAUCAUCAAAACUUAAUUAUUUUCGUUUAAUAUGAGGAUCAUGCAUGAUCUGUCGUUCACUGUUGGCUGUAAAUUACUGUAAAUCUCACCUGAUAAGUAAUUUGUUUAUAAUCACAGUGACCUUGGAUAUGGUUUUAUAAACCAUGAAAGUAUGUGUGCUUGAGGUUGUAAUGUUAAUUAUUUACCUUAUACAGCAUAACGUGUGUUCUUCACGCUCUAGUGAAGACGGACUACGUCUUCACGGCUCUACGUCGAGAUAGCUCGCAGUUUGAAGCCGAUUUACCGUCAAUCGAAUCAAGUAACAAUGUACGGAAACUAAACAACUUGCAUACCACCUAUUGUGCUUUUAUUGUCAGUUUAAUUAAACUGAUUUUAUAAAAAUUU